AAAAGAGGUGGCUCUUAAUAACCGGUGGGCUUGUGCCGUAUUGCUUUAGCUGAAGACUCGCCUGAUCGUUCGGACAUCGGUUGUGAGACACAACAGCUAGUUCGAUUGAAACCAGCCCAGCGCUCAGUUAAUUGAUUUAUAAUGAGUUAUCCAAUCUGACGAAAUCAUCGCAGGAGAACACGAUAAGUUAGAUAUUCAAGCUCAAACGCCCCAAUAUUCCAAAAUACAUGACUGGAUGAUCUUUCUGCACGACAACGCUCGGCCACAUGCAAAUGUUGCCAAGAAAGCUUCAUCUGAACAAAAAAUGUUCCCUGCAUCGUUACAGAACAUGAGAACGCGUAAUCCGUAUGUUGCUUCGAAGCCCAUUUGCUUGGGGAAUAAGUCCGUAAGAUAAACGUUAUCAUAUACGUCGUCAUACGCUUGGCGCAUUGGAUAUUGUUAAAAAGAUAAACUAGUUGGCGAAUAACUGCUAAUUACUCCACCCACUGAAAUCGUUUCCAACUAAUCCAAUCAGAACUGGUUCAUGGGGAAAACUUCGAAUAAUAGGAUUUGUGACUCUUCAAAUGGUGAUGCCCAUACUAAACCACCCUAAGGCACAACAUAUACCACUACCAGCCCAUCACGCGAAAGGUAACUAGCCUGCCGACAGAAGGAAUAUGCGAACGAAUUGCAGUCAAUGGUCAGUGUGUGUGCGUUCGCAUGCAAGUGGUGUCGAACAGAUCUCGCGAGCUAUGUUGCUGCUUUUCACCAUCGGAAGGAAGUUUACAUACAUCAGCGCAACAUAGAGCACCGAAAGAGGCAGACAACAUUUGCCAACAUUAGACAUUGUUUUUUUUCGACAUUCGCAAAUCGUUUUCAGUUCAGCCAUCCGUAGCUGCGUUUCUGUUGUGCAGUGAAUAACAAGACGAAAUCGAACGAUAUUUGCUGUGUGAUUAGGUGUCCACAUUGAAGGUGAUGACGAUUUGUACCUAUCACCAUCAUCAUCCGCACGAGCAAGUCAUAAACAACGCACACAUCUCGCCGCUAUCUCCUACGUAGGAGCCCAUAGUGGAAACGUGACCUGUGAUAUUGUGUGCUCUAAAUUAUUCAUUUUGAAUCACCUUGUGAUAGCAUUGGAAAAAAUCUUGCCUUUCUCAGAAGUAAAUUGUGAAAAGCAUGCCCACGACAACUGUUGCCCCGGUGCAAUCACCUAUCUCGCUUUGCCAGCGAUCGACUAGUUUUAAGGAUGGCGUACAGCCCCUGGAAUAUUUCGGCCACUGUGAUGGGCAAGGCCGUGCCAAAAUAGUCAACAAUGGAGCGUCUGCCAUGAUAACAUUUUCCGAGCGGCAUUUCCAACCAUUCAUCAUCGGUGGACCACUGGACAACAAGUACAUUUUCGAGCAGCUGCACUUCCACUGGGGCGUCGAGGAUGACUCCGGGUGUGAACACAUCCUCGAAGGUAACACGUACUCGAUGGAGGCUCACGCAGUGCACUACAACGCCAAGUAUGGAAGCUUCCAGGAGGCGGUCGACAAACCGGAUGGCCUAGCGGUGACCGGGUUUUUCGUGCAUGCCUACGGUGAUACGGAUUGCAAGGAGUUCGAGAAAAUCAUCAAUGGAAUCAAGUACAUCAAGAUGCCUAAUUCCGAAGCGGAAAUUGAUGCGGACUGCCUUUCGUGGAUGGGAUUGCAAGAUCUUAGUAGGCAUUACUAUUCUUACAAGGGAUCACUGACCACACCACCAUUCUACGAGAGUGUCACGUGGAUAGUGUACAAGACACCCAUCUACGUGUCCCGGGCACAAAUCGCUGCAUUCCGAGAGCUACAAUCCUGCCCAAAGGACGCGAACAAGAAGAUCGUGAACAACUAUCGGGAAGUUCAAGUGCCUAAGGUUAGCCCGGAGGUUAUCUUCGUGAGGAACAGUGGUCGCCUGCGCUCUAAACUGUGAACUGGGAAGUUCAUCAGAUUUUUAUAAUUUGUAUCAUAUUGAUAAGUUGACUAUUUGUAAUGGACGAGAAUUGUUGGGAAAAUAAAGUGUAGAUCGCCGGAUU